AUGGGUUGGCUUUUGCUCGGGGGAACCUUGGGAACGUUCCUCCUCUAUUUCACUGCUCUUGUCUUCUACAAUCUCUACUUGCACCCCUUGGCUAAGUACCCUGGCCCAAAGUCAAUGGCGGCUACGCGCAUACCCUAUAUGCAACUGAUCGUAGGGGGCCAGUAUCCCCAAACUAUCAAGAAGCUACAUCAGAAAUACGGCAAUGUUGUCCGGAUCGCUCCCGAUGAGCUCUCCUUCACUGAUGGUGACGCAUGGAAGGCCAUCUACGGAACUCGGCCCGGACAUGGGCAAAAAAGCAAGGAUUUUCGAUUCUACUCACCCACCCCUGGAGGAGCUCCAAGCAUAAUCGUCUCUAACGAUGCGGACCAUUCUCGCUUCCGCCGUUUAAUGUCCCAUGGAUUCUCUGAUAGCGCAUUACGCGGCCAAGAGCCAAUUAUCAAGGGAUAUAUUGAUCUUCUAAUGCAGCGUUUGCGUGAGAAAUGUGAGGGCGGGAAAGCGGCGCUUGACCUGGUGAAGUGGUACAACUUCACAACCUUUGACAUCAUCGGGGAUCUGGCGUUCGGAGAACCGUUUGAUUGCCUCCAGAACUCGGACUACCACCAAUGGGUAUCCAUUCUAAUGAGUCAGAUCAGAGCCGCUACAUAUGCGAAUGUGGCUCGUCGUCUCCCCGGAUCACUGUCUCUUCUCAAACUUAUCACUCCAAAGCAUGUCAUCACUCAGAAGGAUACACACAUAGCAUUGACUACGCAGAAGGUCAAGGCUCGGCUAGGCAAGACCAACGACAGGCCGGACUUCUUCAGCAACAUUCUCAAACACGAAAACACUGAAAAGGGGUUCAGCUUCCAGGAGCUCGUCACCAAUGGAAGCACCCUUAUCAUUGCUGGCUCCGAGACGACCGCGACUUUGCUGUCCGGGGUCACCUAUCUGCUGCUGAAGAGUCCACGUGUGCUCUCAAAACUUCAAGACGAAAUCAGAUCAACAUUCACGGAUGAGAGCGAGAUCAACUUGGAGUCCUGCAAUAAACUGCAAUAUUGUCUUGCUGUUCUCACCGAGGCUCUUCGGGUCUAUCCCCCAGUCGCGCCCGGUCUGCCACGCAUUGUGGACGCCCAAGGUGACAUGAUAGCCGGAAAUUGGGUACCAGGAGGCACCGUGGUAUCCGUCUCUCAGCUGGCUGCCAACCAUUCUCCCGCUAACUUCACCGACCCCGAGCAAUUUAUCCCGGAACGUCACCUUGGCGAUCCCCGCUUUGCGAACGAUAACAAAGAGGCAAUGCAGCCGUUCAGCUAUGGUCCGAGAAAUUGUAUUGGACGCAACCUAGCAUAUGUUGAAAUGCGUCUCAUCCUUGCCCGCAUGGUUUUCAACUUUGACAUGGAACUUGAUCAGCCUGAGCUUGAUUGGUUAAACCAAGAGUGUUUUUUCUUAUGGGAGAAACCCGCUUUGCCGGUCAGGCUAACACCGAGGAACAAGUAG